AUGUGUCGUGAGGAAAUGCACAGUAAACACAAGCUGGUCAGCAGAAAUGUAGUUCAGGAGGACGCAGGACCCGGAAGCCGCCGAGAGAGACCCCUCUCAGCCACCCGAAAACCCGUGCACGAGGCUGAGGACCGAGAGGAAGACGCCUCAGCCGUGCUCAGGGCCAUCCAGGUGGAGAACGAAGCCCUGCAGAGGGCGCUCCUCAGCAAAAAGGCUGAGCCCCCCGCCAGCCCACUACAGGACGUGGAGGGACCAGCAGCAAAAUCGUGGACCAGUCUACUGAAGGAGAAGGAGGAGAGCCCUGAGCUUCCUACCCUCGCGGCCACCAGCACAACCAGCACGGCCAGCCCGCAGGAGCCGUCCGGGGCAGCAGGGGGAGCUCGAGCCGUCAGCGAAGCCAUUGACAGAAUUGGCCUUUUGGGGAGCAGGCAGCAGCAAAGGCUUCUGAAAGUGCUCCAGGCCAUCGAAAGCGACUCUGCCCAGCUCAGCACGCUUGCUUCACCAAUGAAGGAGCCCAUGCCAGACCCAGAGGCCAAAUCGAGAACAAAAGGCAGAGACAUCAAAGAUGCCGUCUACGUGACCUUGGAAAUCCUGUCCAACUGGGGCCACGCGUCCUGGGUGGGGCUCACGGAAGUGGAGUUCUUUGACCUGCAUAACACAAAGCUUUAUGUGUCACCCCAUGACGUGGAUAUCCAGACCACAGACACACCCGGGGACCUGGGCCACCUGGUCAACAGGCACUUAGCUGUAAGUGGAGGCGGUACCGGAGUGAGACUUGCCCUCGUAUUUUGAUGCAUUUUCUCUGCCCAUGAUAGGCAAUGCUGCCAACGUAACUGUAAAAGCUUAGCACCAUGCCUGGCUCUUCCAAAGGGCUCCCAAAACAUCAGUUCUUAUUGUAUUUGUUAUUGUCAUUAGAUUAAGAAGUAGAUAUUGUUCCCAUUUAAAGACGAGGAAACAAGAAAGGGGAGUUUUGAAAUCCUCAGUUCUAGAGACCCACGUUCUGGUCUUGACUCUGUAGACUUCAGCAACUUACCUGCCUUCUCUGAGAAUUAGCUUCUCUGCCUCCUGUAAAAUAGAACUGGAGGGCGGGGUUAGUCCAUAGGAUUCUGGUUUGUCAGCAAAAGAAACGGGAGUCUGGCUCACUUCCACAAAUUUCUAACAAAAGAACUUUGUUGCAAGUCUUUGGGUAGCUGGUAAGUUGACUGCCCCCCAGGCCAGAAGGGGCAGCCCCCACGGUCAUGUUGGGGGUCUAGGUGGCAUCCAGGAUUCAUGGGCACCAAGG